GAACCCGUUUGCCAUAAUAAGGAACCGCUGCCCAUCUCACUGCAACUCUAUCCUCGCUUAAUUCUAUAACUCAAUGCUCAGAGUUGCUUCGCCUAAGGACAUUCACUUCUAACCAAACGCGUUCCCCAAAAAUCAGUCAAGCUGGCGUCGUUAAAGCUGCGAAAUAACAACAAUACUAUUAGCAAUUAUAAUAAUAAUAUAAUGUGGAGUAGUACAAUAUCGCCAACCAACUCUAAGAAACUAUUGAUCGGUAGCACACGAAGCGUUGAUUAUGUCGGUGAUUGUGCAAGGACAGCAGCAGGCAUUAACAAAACAGGAGCACCAGCAGCAGCAGCAGGAGCCAAAGGAUCAAAAGCCAAAGCCACCGCAAUUGCAGCCACAGCCACAGCGGCAGCGAGCACAACCAAGAUCUCAAUUGAAAUGGAGCUUCAUAUACAGAAUAAGUGCAUUUCGGCAUAGCGCAUCACUCUGGAGGGUGGUGCGGAGCCGCCAUGGCUGCAGGGCCCCCUUAAAGCCGCUUUUUUGGGGGCUACUGGCGUCGGCAAAACAAGCAUAUUACAGCAAUUUUUCUACCAUGACUUUCCCAAGACUCAUCAGACGACAACGCGUCGGAAGAUUUAUAAAAACUGUCUGGUCUGCGACACCUGCAUACGUGAGCUGAUGGUACUGGACGUUCCACCCCAGAAGCGAUUUCCGGCUGACAACUUCGCCGAAUGGAACAACGGACAUCCGCUGGGGUUGCGAACGGUGCACGCCUAUGUCCUCGUCUACGACAUGGGCAAUUUGGAAACAUUUCAGUACUGCCGCUCGAUGAGAGAUCAAAUCUUGGACAGUUUCAGUCAUCGUGAUUUUAGCAUAAUUGUGGUCGGCAAUAAAUUUGACAAUGUGACUGAGGCACAGGCCAACUCGCAGGAGCUCAAGGAUAUUUCCACGCUGGUGCGCAAACAUUGGCGCUGCGGCUACGUCGAGUGCUCGGCGCAGUACAACUACAAAAUCGGAGACGUAUUCCGUGAGCUAAUGGGCUGCACCAGCACGGGAGGAGGAGCUGGAGGCGGAGUGGGCGGCGGAGGAGGUAUGACCGCGAGCAGUGUCAUGGCUGGCGCUGAGUACUCACAAUCAACUAGGAAUAAAGGACGCUGUACAAUACUUUAGCAAAUGUUGCAUAAGUUUCUUAAGCAAACGUUCUGAUCUGGCGCAUUAUACUCGAGUGCAUUCUUUACCAGCAGCGCUGCUAUCAGCGGCCAUCGGGCAGCGGCAGGGUGCAAGGUGCACUGUGUCGUAUACGUAACCUCCUUUGACGGUGGCGUAUACGCAAUCUCCCUGGCGGAGACACAACGACAUUGUAGCCCCCUGCGAACGCUUGCAGAUGCAUAUUUUAGCAUAUAUUUUUAGUGGCUACAAUCCGACUCCCCCAAUCCCUCCGCCUGCGUCCGAGCCCCCACUCCUGCUUUCCCCUCCGCUGCUUUUGUUUGCCAUUAUUACAACAUUUUGCUGGCUGCCUUUAUGGACGGCACUCCUUGCUGCGCUCAUUUAAAUGGCAAUGGGGCUGCCGAACGAAGGAUACGUUUGGCCAGCGGCCACGACUUCCCAGUCCGAGAUCCAGAACCCGACAUCCUUGCUGACAACUUUAGUGCGUACGCAUUUGCAAUUCAAUGCCCGUGCGCCGCCAGGAAGUGCAGCUGCCAUGAAUAUGCGGCAAUAUCCACAGAGUGCACAGCAACAAUUGCCAGUUUGAUUUUGUAUCGCAUUUGUCGUCAUCGUUGCGGUUAUUAUUUCUGUCGUGGAACGUAAAUAGGCAAUUAAUCCCACCAUAAUUUACAAUACAUUUUAUGUACGAACGAAUAACCUUGUUAUCGAAACAAACCAAGAGCGUAUAAGUACUUACAUAAGUAGUUAACCUUAAGCUAUACACGUAUAUGUAAACAUACUUUAACGUUGUGAUCAUUUCAAGAAUUAGUUCUUAAGCCAACCAACAAGAUGUCAGUUAAUGCCAAUGUCAAGUCUCCGAACACAAGUCUGGAACACAAAACGUACGUAAUUUUAGGACGAGUUAAUAAAUAGCCUUAGGUGCGAGUAUCCGGGCAAGUGUGGCCGAGAUCAGCCCAAGGGCCCUGGAAUCUAAGUGUUACAAUCAUGUCAUUCAAGUGGAGCCACUACAGUGAACUCGUACAUUACUUAAGCGUUAAAACAGGAGAGUUAAUAGGAGAGAAUAUAUAAGUGCAGGGCUCUUUACACGGCGCCCGAUUUGCAUAGAAUACAAAAAAACACGUCAUAAAGUAAAUAAUCAAAACGAGUCCCAUAACUUCAGUUGUUAACAUUUCAAAUAUUAAAUAGUUUCAAACGAUUUUAAAAUGUCUCGGCGUGUAAGGAGCCGUGAUCAAGACGCCUUAAGACACCAGAAGCAAAUAUGUCGUAGUAGACCUAGAACUAAAGUAAGAUUACAAUUGGAUUGAAGCGCACAAGAACCGACGACGAUUGUGUUAUUAUUUUUAGUGAUAAUGCCAUACCCACGACAUACUCGAACUCUAAAUUGUUAGACAGCAGCGUUUUGUGUAGCAUAGUGUAGUGAUAUCAAACAGAUAUAGCCGGUCGAUGUGUUAGCUAGGCAAUGGCAAAGUGUCGCCCUAUACACCGCCAUCUUAACUAGUCCCAGUUUCCACGAACACGCACAUACCACACCGAUCUCUUUCUUUACCUCAAGAAACCACUCAAACUACUCAACAGAAAAGCAAUCAAGGCUGACUUUGUACAUAGAGAUUUCAAAAGAAGAACUUUGCGAAAAUGCUAUGGAAACCGACUUUUACAGCAAUAUAAGUAAGCUCUAACUGAUAUUCAAGGUAGAUAACUGGGCGCACUGCCAAAAAUUGGUUCCACUCCCAGUUGAGUGCUCGGUUAAGGUUAUAGGAAUAACUAAGCUAAAAACGAGAUUCGAAACAAUUUUUUAAUGUUAUUUCAAGGGUAACCAAUACAACAAAUAAUAACAAGUAAUUAACUAAAUAUUUGUGGCUUUGAUAAAGGACAUAUACCAUUAAUGAUUAAAGAUAAAUAACAGCUUAGGUAGCUUAUUUGUUGAGGCGACCUAACUUGCCCACUCUCUGGCAUUAUCUUUAAUUGGAAACUGUCCCUUCAGCAAAUAAGCUACUGGAAAGCACUAACAUCAACAUAUUUAUAUAACACAUACCUAUAUAAACAUACAUAUAUAUAUAUACACAUAUAAAUCUAACGAUAAUUGCCUUUGGUUCGAGUUUUUGUCUUUGAUUUUCAACAUUUACGGAUUCGUCAAAAUGGCUGUUAAUUUUUGGGAAAUAAUUAAAACGCUAAACGCAAACCGUUGAAAGGAAUUAAACAAAAACAAAACAAAGUAAACGCAACAAGGAAAAUUGUUGAAUUAUUUAUGUAUAUUUAAGCAACGCGUUGCCUGCGACAUUUCGAAGCGAGAGGAGGAAGAAUAAAUAAGUGUAGCAAUAUACCAAUUAAAAUCUCAUCUUAACAGUAUGUAUUAACGAAUCAAAAGCUUCAGCCGCUUGUUGUUUGUUCAAAGCAUUCAAAAGUUCGUAUGUAAGUAGCCGUAAGGAAAAGCCGCUACGUUUAGAUAAGUAUUGCAAGGCGCAUCAUGCCAUCAUGUCGCCCAUGAUCUCUGUUAUUUUUUUUGUAAUACAAGGCAAGACGCGAGCCAGGGAUAUGUAGAGAGAAAUUGUUAAUUGGAUAGAAGCAAACCACAGAAUAGCAAGAAAAUCGCACCGAACCUAAAUGUUAAGCAAUGGCAAAACAAAAUGUCGGCCGGAAACGGAAGCAAGCAAAUUGUACUUAGGGUAGAAUGCACUGCAGAGAGGCCUGAGUACGAUGGAUAUUCGCCGACAAACAACCGUUAGAAAAGUAGAGAACGUUUUUGAAAAAUGCGCAACCGACGUAAAUAAAAACAAAAUAAAGUGAUAUAAAAAAUAAAGGUUCGGAGUCUUUAAUUAUUGGGUUAACCGAUUGAUAAUGAACAUUAUCAAUUAAUUAAAGUUUACCUAAUUUAUAGUUGGUGUGCAAUUGAGUAAUUUUUAAAUUAAUUUCAUUGCAUUACCCGUAUUUCAUA